AUGCAUUUCACGAAGAACUUGUCGACAUUUGUUGUCAGUGCUCUGCUUGCCACGUCCGCUACAACAGAGCUCACGAAAGCUCCGCGAGAUAUCAGGAGUGUCAUCGAGCGUGACGGCACCAGCAAGACUGGGCUGUCUCUUCAUGCUCGUGCCGAAGAAGUACCCAUGGGCAAGACCGGAGGGACAAGGGGCAAAGCGAUUUCCACCAGCGGCCUCGACACAUGCAUCGGCCUUCUGAUCAUGGGCAAGCAAAUUCACCAUGGCGAUGACAAGUGGGAUCGUGUCCUGGGCCACCUGUCCGAGGAAGACGAGGAGUGGCAUUUGGACGACAUCAUAUACCAGUUCGAGACCUUCAAGAAGAAGGUCAAAGAAAUGGACCUCGAGAAUCAAGAAGGGUGGUUCACGGCUGUCGAUGUCUCAUCGCUCAACGCGGAAGAUUGGGAGGAUGACAUGAAGGAGAUGCUGCAGGAGACCAUCAACGACGUUCGCAGCAAGUUCAAGGAUCUCGUCGGCGGCAAAAUUAACUACUUCUGUUCCCUCUGCCUGGGUACCUCCUAUCUGCCUGUUGAGCUGCAGCACAUGCAUGUACGGUGA